UAUGUCAAAAGAUGACUGGAUUUAUUUAUUUCUUCUAUUUUUAUCAAUACCACUUGGUUUCCUAACAGCUAAACUACCUUCUGGUGUUAUUAGAAAAUUAUUUUCAACAUUCGUUGGUUUGCUUUUUACAGUUUGUGUUUGUGGCAAUGAAACAAUACAUUCAGUAAUUACUGUUGUAGUAAAUUGUCUUAUUAUUAAGGUUUUCCAUAAACAGGGAUUAAGUCAUAUAGUAAGCUUUAUAUGGUGCUUUGGUUAUUUGGGUAUAUUUAGAACACUUCAUUUAUUAGGAGUGCAAGAAAAUCCUGUAUCUGGUCACUCUAAUGCUAUACAACUAUUUAUAACUUUAAGGGAUUUUGAACAACCCGGUUGGGAUGAUUAUUCGCUGCUUUACAAAAUGGCUUUUAUGUUCCCUGCAUUUAUAGUAUUUAGAACGAGAUUAUAUAUUGCCUGGCUUUUAGGCGAAGUUAUGUGUAUAGCUAGUCUGUUGGGAGCUUAUCCGAAAGAAGCUGAAAGUUCAUCUGGAUACGGACCUAGAAAUUUGGAAAAGUUAGAUAAAGUUUUAUCCGACGAUAAAGAGAUUAUUUAUGAUUUUGAAACUAUAAGAAGUAUUGAUUUCUACUUAACCGAAUUAGCUCCAACCGUUAAAGAAGGAAUGAGAGGUUGGAACAUGAGUGUUCAAUUCUGGUUAGCGUCAUGCGUCUAUAAAAGAGUCCAGUUUGGUGGUUAUAUCUUUGGAGCAUUUAUCACGAUGAGUGUCAGUGCAUUCUGGCACGGAAUACAUCCAGGAUAUUAUUUAAGCUUUCUAACUAUCCCUCCAAAUCUACUCUCCGAAAAUAUUAUGAGAAAAGCAUUAAGAUCUAAGAAAACCGAAAGAAUUUUCGAUUGGCUAUGUUGGUUCUGCUUAAGUUUGAACAAACAAAAGAAACAUAAUUUAGAAUGA